AUGGCCCUCUUUUCAAUCCCAGAUACUCUGUCACCAUGGUUGGUGACCUUAAUCUUAGUAUAUAUGUCAUUACCUAUAGUGAUAUACUAUGCUAUUCCGUUUCUAUUUUAUGGUAAUAGGUCUACAAAGAAAAGAAUUAUCAUAUAUGUGCUAGGCGACAUCGGACAUUCACCAAGGAUGUGCUACCAUGCGCAGUCCUUUGCUAUGAAGGGUUUCCAAGUAGAAUUUUGCGGUUAUGUCGAUAGUCAAUUACCUAAUUUCAUUACGAAGAAUCAUAAUAUUACUAUUCACCCUAUUCCAAGGAUCAAUCAGUUCGGAAUGGUCCAUAAAGUCAUUUUUCAGAUCCUGGUCAUUGUCUCAAAAUUAUGGGAAUUAAGAGGUAGCGAUUACCUGUUGGUUCAAAAUCCACCAAGUAUUCCAUUAUUCCCUAUUAUCACUUUCUACAGACUCAUUGGUUGUAAAAUAAUCAUAGAUUGGCAUAAUUUGGCUUAUUCAAUUUUGAAAUUAAAAUUGAAAUGCAGUUCAUGGCAUCCUUUAGUCAUUGUCGCUAUAUUUGUCGAAUUAUUCUUUGGACGGUUUGCUAAUUAUCAUUUGACUGUGACAGAUGCCAUGAAAGCUUUCUUAAUAAAUAGUUUUAAGUUCAAUGACAAGAAGAUUGUUGUGUUACAUGAUAGGCCACCUGUUCAAUUUGUUCCUUUCAAAGAAACACCUGAAUUAACUAGGGAUAUGGCAUUACAUACAGAACCAUUUAUUAAAGAUUUGAUUCCUGAAGGCUUUGAUAUAACUAAAGGUGAUAAGAUUAUUGUAACUUCAACCUCUUUCACACCUGAUGAAGAUAUCGGUAUUUUAUUAGGUGCAUUAAAAAUAUAUGAAAGUUCUUAUGAGAAGUUUGAUAAUAAUCUACCGAAGAUCCUUUGUUUUAUUACAGGUAAAGGCCCACUAAGAGAGCAAUAUAUGAAACAAGUUGCAGAAACUAAAUGGAAUGUUUGUCACGUAGAAUUUGUAUGGCUAUCAUCUGAGGAUUACCCAAAGUUAUUAAGAUUAUGUGACUACGGUGUAUCAUUGCAUACAUCGAGUUCAGGUUUAGAUUUACCAAUGAAAAUAUUAGAUAUGUUUGGUUCAGGGUUACCAGUGAUCGCUAUGAAUUAUCCUGUACUUGACGAAUUAGUCACACAUGGACAGAAUGGUCUUAAAUUCACUGAUAGAAGAGAAUUACAUGAAUCAUUAAUUUUUGCAAUGAAAGAUCCAGAAAUUUACCAAACUCUGAGAAAGGGUGCUAUUGAAGAAUCUAAGAAUAGAUGGGAUUCCACCUGGGAAAAAUCUAUGAAAGAAAUCAAUUUAAUUCAUUAA